UGGGGAGGGGCGGGGAGGGGGUCCCGGCCCCCUCCCCCGCGCUCUGCGGCGGCCCCAGCGCACGCACACACCCCGGGGGCGCUCAACGCUGUCCCGGGGAGGAACCGCAGCGCGCUUCGAACGGGAUCCCCGCUCUCCCGCGGAUCCCUGCCCCGACCCCCGCGCCCCCGGGCGGGCCACCGGGACCCGCGCCGACCGUGGCUGCCCCUGAACAUGCCAUCAGGCCCCGGGAUGGAGAGCACUCCCCGAUUCUUGCCUGACUGGAGUCCCACACCAACAUCCACCCUAUGUAGGGGGCAAAAAAUCAGUCUCCACGACCCCGCGCUCUUGGUUUCCCGGACCCCUAAACAACCUACCCAAGAAGGGGGAACCAGGACGCACUUAUGGCUGGGGUGGAAGAGGAAAGGGGCUCCAGGCUUGAAGAGUUUGAAGCUAGAAGCCACCCGCGACCCUCGAGCAGGGAAGUUUGACCCUCCAACGGGCGGGUCACUAGGGCCAUGCCCCCGCUUCAGUGCCUGCCUGCCGCGCUGGUCUAUCUCAGUACCAUCAGUGGGAGAAGAGGUGUCCACACUGCACCUUCUCCAGCUCUGGGUCAGACUUUCCCUGGCGCGGUAACUGAGGCUGAGUCCGAGGCGGCUGCUCUGGCUGGCUGCGCAGCGCCAAGCGGUAUAGCCGCCCCUCCCCGCGCGCCCUCGGAAGUUGGUUAGUGCCCACCCGCUCCACGGCUGACUCGCACAGCCCUUCCCCUCUCCCCAUCGGCCAGGCGGUCCUGAGGCUGGCUCGCGGAGGAUCCAGGGCUGCCCUCCUGAUGAUCCCACGCGCCGUGCCGGCGGGGAGAGCCAGGCCCAGGCUGGGAAGAGGAGGGCACGAGUGACAGGUGUCAGCCGCGGGGGCUCCAGGAGCUUGGUCCUUGGUCUUGAUUUCACAUAGUCCCACAGGCGCCUGCCUGUGAGCAAGCCCCUCCUGACUCUCCACAAACAUCCUGACUGCUCUACUGGAACAAGUGGCUUCACCUCUUUGUGCCUCAGUUGCUCUGCUGACAUGUACCUAGGAUUCUGUUGUGAGCAACGUGUUCAAGGGCUUCCGAACCAGAGGGUGGGCUUGGCUGACUUUCUAGCUGUGUGGCAUUAGGCAAGAUACUUAACCUCUCUGAGCCUCAGUUUCCCUAUCUGAAACAUGGGGAAGGUGGGUGGAUUGGAGGGAAUAAAUGAGGCGAUGCCUGGGAACGGGUGCAGGGCUGGCAUAGUGGUUGGCACACAGCUAGCUGUCAAUUCAGGCUGACCACAGGUGACAUUCUGUGAGGUGUCCAGCACCAGUGGAUGCUAAGGCAGAGCAAGGUCCUCUGAGGUGGUAGGGACACCACCCCUUCUCAACCCUGCUCCGAGGAAGUCUUGAAUCCCCUAAGGCCUUGUUGACACAUACUGCAAUGGCAGAACCCUCUCCUUAGGGCCCUUUCUCACUGUUCCCUCCUCCCUGGAUGCUCUGCUUCCCAGCGGGCACUGGCCUCCUCCUACCUAUCAUCUCCAUCCCAGUUGAGAAAGACUAUGUAACCCACUCUUUCUUUGGCCCUAGUUUGAGGUCUGUCCCCCAAGCAGAGGGCUCCCCACGUCCUUCUCACACUCUGUGCAAGGGAAUUCACACCUCCCUCCCCUCCUGGGUUUGGGCCUAGGGAAGACUGCUUUCCCUGAGGCGCAAUCAGACAGUCAGGUGGCUUGGAUGUUCCAGUGGUGACAGUUCAGACAGGCAGUGAAGAGCAGCAGAGGGAGCAGCUACUAGGGCAAGGAGACAGCGGGAAGUCGGAGGGGGUCCCAACCCUGAGGCUGUGUGGACUGGUAUGUUCAUCCAGGCGACUGAGCCACGAGGCACCAGAAGUGAUGAGCCUCGGGGAGGAAGCGGGGCCCGUGAAUGACUUUGAUAGGUUAGAAGUUCAGAGCUGGAAGGUCUCCAGGAAGAGAUCUGCCCAGUCUGUGCAGCAGACACUUCAGACCCAGGGCAGAACCCGGGAGGCACCCGGGAGGCCCAGGAGCUAGGGGAGGAUGCUGGAAUCCCUGGGGUGGCAUGGAGGGUUGAAGGUGCUCCAGGUGUUAGGAAGAAAACAAAUUCCACCACUUAUGGACACCUGUAUUAGUCCUACUCACCAGUGCCCCUGCUGCCAGAACAGAAGGGAAUGUUGGGGGGCAGUCUGUCCACAUGUUGCCUGGUGGGACACACAGAAUGGGCUGCCUCCUCGAAGCUCUUACUACACAGAAACCCCCUCUGUCCUCUUCUUCCUCUACAGCCUACUCCCCUCCCCCAUUCACCCACCAGGGUGUCACACCUUGCAUCUUCCAUAACUCUCACCUCUUCUUCCCAAAGGAGUUAAUCAGAAACUAAUUAGGAGGUUUGUGUCCCCUAGUUCACACAGUAUUUGGAGCAUAGCCAGGCAUCAGCGUGAUGGGGAUACAGGCACCUCCUCCAGUCUUGGGGAGUCAUUAGUUAGACACAUUCAGAUGCCUGUUACCUGAAGCCUGUGCCCUGGAAGUGCUCAGAGCACAAGGUGUGGGAAGGUGGCAGUCGGCUCUCAGCCUCCUAAAGGGAGAGGGCUUUCACCCUCCUGAAGCUUCCUGAAAACCAGGAGGGCUUCUGAAGCCCCUUGGCACAAAGGAGAAUUGUGUCUGAGAGCACAGCUUCUUGGAGCUGGACUACCUGGGUUUAUGGCAUGUGAUUCUAGGCAGGAGAGUCACCCUUCAGAGCCUCCAUUUCCUCUUGAAAAUGGCAACAAAUACUCUAGACCCCUUGCAAUGGCCUUGCUAUGUCUGCAUUAAGAACAUGCAUUGAACACAUGCUGUUUCCCAACCAUAAGUAUUUUCCCUUUGGAUUCUGACAACAGCCCUCUGAUCUAGGUACUAUAAUUGUCCCUAUUUUAUAGAUGAGAACACUGAGGCUUAGGACUCAGUGGACUCCAAAGUUAAGGACUAACUUUGCUAGGUAUAGGAAACUUAAAACAUCACUAUGACUCAUCAUAAUUUUAUAAGUUUGUAAAAUUGAUCAUUAGCACACUGUAUUUUAGAUAAUAUGUAAUUAGUUACUGGAAUGUUUCCUCCCUGGGUAUCUCCAAUCAUUGGACAUCUGUGUUAAUUGCCCAUGGGCAAUUUUUUGAGACACCUUCAUGUUUUUAUAUUCAAACAGUAUCAAACUGAUUUAAAAGAACAACUCCCCCCAUUUAUUCCCUAUCCUUCCUCUCCAUUUUUCUCCAUAGCCCUAUCACCCCUAACAUUUAUAUAUCUUAUUCAUCUGUUUAUUGUCUGCCCUCAUCCAUAUAAUGUAAACUCCCCAAAGGCAGGGACUUUUAACCAUUUUGCUUACUCUCAUAUCCCCAGAGACAAAAACAACCACCAGCACUUCAUAUGCUCUGCAAAUUAUAAAGUGUUUUACAAACAUAAGGUCUAUUAUUGUUAUUAUUUUUGCCAAAUGUAUAGCUUGCCUGAAAAUAAAACCUUAAGGUUCAUGGCAGAAACUUCCCUCAAAAUUCUGGCAAAUAGGACCUGCUCAAGUGCCAGGGAAAAUGUGAUGAAGGUUAAAACCAGUUGGAGAUUACUUUCCUAACAUGUUAAUAAAGCUCCUUAUCAGUAAGUUGAAAGACAAGUUAAUUUUUUUUAAUCUUUGCAACAACAAAUGGCAUGCUCAAAGGCAAUUAAAUUAGCAUUUAAAAUUUCCAAUGAGUUAACUAUCACUGAUUUAUUCACUUACUCUUUGUUACAGAAAAUCAUUUGUAAAAAACAAAAGAACACAACAAGCCUCCUCAAUCCCACCACUGUCCAGAGUAUGGAUAUCCACAUGACUGGAUACUUCAGUCUAUUUCCUUUUCAUCUUUUUCUGUGUGUGAAUAUUUUCUCUCAUUUUUUCCCUUAGAAAAUAAGGGAUCAUGUUGUCAGCAGUUAUAUAACCAGCUUACUUGGUGACAUCCCCUCACCAUUGACAUUAAAGUGAAAGUCUUUAUAUUAUUAAAAUUUCUUUAAAGCAUGACUCCAUGGCUAUAUAAUAUUCCAUUAUAAGCAUAUGCCAAAAUUUUCUCAGCCUGUCCUCUGUUAUUGGACACUGGGGUCGCUGCUGUAAUAAUGUUUUUCUAUAUCCUUACUGGUGUUGUCUAGGCCUUGAAUGAGUCUUCUCUACAUCCUUGGUCAUGACCUACUUGCUGGUUUGCAAAUAGACUGGUUUAUGUAGUUAAUGAAUCCAUUCUUAGAGGUUGGGCGCUGGUGGCAGUGGGGAAGGCAGCUGAUCCAACAAAGCGCUACUCCAGGUAAACUAAGGCAACAUGGAGACCCUGUAAGCUCCAGGCAUUUCCUGACCAACCCAGGAUAGCACACAUGUGGCCAGAUGUUGCAUGGGGGCAGAAGGCCUCUUUGCUGCCAGGGCUGCCAAACAUCCUGGAUCUCUCUUCUAAAAUCAGUACCAAGUUACUUGCUUGCAAAUCUAUGUGUACUCUGCCAGCCUCUCUGUUAUCAUCCUCUCACUCUUUUUCUCCUCCACUCCUGAGUUCAUCUGUGUCUUCAUUUGAUCACAUGACAAAUGUUUACAGGCACACCUUGUUUUAUGGUGCUUCACAGAUAUUGCUUAUUUUUACCAACUGAAGGUUUGGGACAGUCUUGAACCAAGCAAGUCUAUCAGCGCCAUUUUUCCAACUGCAUUUGCUCACUUCAUGUCUCUUGUGUCACAUUUUGGUAAUUCUCACAUUUCAAAAAUUUUUUUCUUGUUAUAUUUGCUAUAGUGACCUGUGAUCAGUGAUUUUUGAUGUUGCUAUUGCAAUAAGGGGCUUCCCAGGUGGCACAGUGGUAAAGAAUCUGCCGGCCAACACAGGAGACACAAGGGACAUGGAUUUGAUCUCUGGGUGGGGAAGAUGCCCUGGAGGAGGAAAUGGCAACCCACUCCAGUAUUCUUGCCUGGAAGAUUCCAUAGACAAAGGAGCCUGGCGAGCUACAAUCCCUGUUGCAAACAGUCAGACACCACUGAGUAACUGAGCACACAACACAGUAAGAUUACCACUUGCUGAAGGCUCAAAGGAUGGUUACCAUUGUUUAGCAAUAACGCAUUUUUAAAGUAAGGUAUGUACAGUGUUUUUUACACAAACGGCUACUGCAAACUUCAUAGACUGCAGGAUAAUGUAAACCUAAUUUUGAUACGCACUGGGACACCAAAAAAACUGAAUGACUCGCUUUACUGUGGUGAUCUGGAAUCUCGCGGACCACCAAACCAGUUAUCUCUGAGGUAUUACCUGUAAUGACAUCUAUCUGCAUUUGCCAUGGAAUUUUUUUCUCCAUUAGAGGGACCAUCAGCUGGGUCUCACACUUCAAGACCAGCCCCCCUCAUUUCUGAGACUCCUUUCUGUGUAAAAUGGCGAUUUGUUUUGAGAUCCAGUGGUUUGAGCACGCAUCGCAAAGACGUGGCCCAUCCCCCAGGCCAGCCACUGCGUGGCCCUGCCCAGUUCACCACGGACCCUGGCGAAGCGCAACCCUCCAGUAUGGCUGCCUCUGCUGCGCAUGCGCGAACCAUCCCGUCUCGCGCAGUUACCCGGCUGCUUCUGCCAGGGCGACGGAGCCGGUCCCCUUAACCACAAGCUCGCUGAUCGAGAUCGGAGUGUCACGGUGAGCCACGGAGCGGAGGGAUUCUGGGAGCAGGGACGCGAAGAGAAGUGGGAGUGACGUGGACUUACCGCCCACCAUUCAGCCACUUCAGAACCUGGAAAACUGCAGUCUGCCGGCCGCCCGCCUGCCCGCAAUCCAGUCGGAGAUGAGUCACAGGCAGGGACGCGCCUCGACUCAGAUGCUGGGCGCUGAGUGAGACGGGCGCGAGGGAAGACGUGACCUGGGUGUCAGAUCUGUGGUGUGGGGUGUCCCUGGCAGUAACCGCGAGGUGAGCGGAGGGUCCUUCCCUGCGAGAAGUCAGAGCUCUGCACGUGGGCAGGCUGGCUCCACUGUUCUGCUCCAAGGAUUACAUGUCCUUCAAACGCCCCUGCCCCUUAGCUCGAUACAACCGCACCAGUUACUUCUACCCCACGUUCUCGGAGAGCUCAGAGCACAGCCACCUGCUCAUCUCUCCCGUGCUGGUGGCGAGCGCCGUCAUAGGCGUGGUCAUCAUCCUCUCCUGCAUCACCAUCAUCGUGGGCAGCAUCCGCAGGGACAGGCAAGCCCGGCUCCAGCGCCAGCGCCGCCGCCACCGCCGCCACCACCAUCGCCACCACCGCCGCCGCCGCCGGCGCCAUCGAGAGUACGAGCAGGGCUAUGUGUCAGACGGGCACACAUACGGCCGCCCGAGCCACAGAAUGCAGUACGCCUGCGGCCCCGCCGAGGACUGGCCUCCGCCCUUGGACCUUAGCUCUGAUGGGGACGUGGACGCCACGGUGCUCCGAGAGCUGUACCCAGACUCUCCACCCGGUUACGAGGAGUGUGUGGGGCCAGGCGCCACCCAGCUGUACGUCCCCACGGAUGCCCCGCCUCCCUACUCACUGACCGACUCCUGCCCCGAGCUGGACGGCACCCUGGAUGCGGGCAGUGACCACAGCCCCGGCCGACACCAGCAGGCGCAGAGGCCGCAGGGCCAGAGUGGCCUCCGCACUGUCUCCAUGGACACCCUGCCCCCUUACGAGGCUGUGUGUGGGGCCAGCCCCCCAUCAGGCCGGCUGCCACUGCCUGGACCACAACCAGGCCCGCAGAGCUGCCAGGGCUCGCCCGCCACAACCCAGGCCCCGGCCUUGGGCCCAGAGCGGAUCAUGUGAGUGACCUGGUAGUCAGGUCCUGCCGGCCCCUCGGGGCUGAGUCACAUCUUUCAGGCACACAGGGGCGUGUACACACACACACACACACACACACACACACACACACAGAUGCUCACACAGCACCCCCACAUGCACACAUAUACACACAACUUGGACAGAGACACACUGACACACCCAUGUGCGCACACACAUCCAGACAUGCCCCUCACGUGUGCAGACGUGCACACACACACAGGCCUACCCCCCCCCCCCCGAUACACAAUCCCACCUGCAAAGAUUUCAUUGCAGACGAAGCUCUCCUGACCUCCAGUCUCCUCCCCAGCCUGCCAGCAAUGCCCCUGGAGCCAGUACUGGGAGAAGGGAGGCAGAGAAGGAGCUGGGGUUCACUCGGCCUUCUCCCCAGGCCGUCUGCCCUGCUCUCACUGGGCAGGCUGGGCCCCAGCGCUGGCUCUGCCCCCUAGAAGCCGCUCAGCUGUCCCAGGUCAGCUGCCUGCCCAAACUCACCCCCCACCCCCAGGAGGCAGCUGGUCCUCCCGGUUGGCAGGACAGGCCUCGGUGAGGCUCAGCUCCACGCUGUCUCUGUCCCCACCCUGGGGCAGAAGAGCCACAACACCUGCCACUUACAGGGUGAGGGACACGGGACUAGGGGCCCAGGCACAACCUGGAGACCCUCGCCUCACCCUGCCCCAUCCCUAACCCAGCCCACCCUCCGUCUGGUGGUGCUAGCGGAGUUGUCUCCAAAGCCCCCACUCCAAGCCACAAGUGAUGGACAGGGCCCUCAGCGGGCAUGCGGCGGUGGUGGGGGGGGGGGGUGGUAGUGAGUCACAGCUGUGCCCAUGUCUGUCUAGCCACUGCCUGGGACUGAGGGUCUUCAAAGAAGACGGGGUGGGGCCUGCCUGGGGACAGGCGCUGAGGCAGAGGAGCAGCCCCUCACUAGGUACAUGCCCUGCCGACCAUUAAUGGCCUAAGCUUGAGUGGGCUGGAGACAGACCGCAGGAGCAGUGCUGUCCCUCUGGGUGGGGGCUCAGGGUUCAGAGUUGGGAGCCAGCACCUUCUGGUCUGCCCUCCAUGGUGCUGGAGCAGAUGAACUCAAGGGGAUGUGGGCCCCACCGUGCCACCGCGAGAGGACCAGUGGUUGCAUCUCAGCCUUGCUGCUGGGACUACUGCAGAAAGGGGUACGUGGGCCUGGUUGUUGACAGACUCAGACCUUGGCCCCUGAAUCCCAGCAAUUUCCAUCAGAGACCACGCAGGUAACAGAGCUGAUGCCUGCAGAUCCAGCUUGCACGAGGGUAGCAGCCCAGCGCCGAGGAAGAGCGUCCCUGCUGGCAUCACCAGCGGCAGUCCUCCAACCUACCCUGCCUCCCUUCCCACCCCGUCCGUAAACUGCAGCACCCCCAACUAGCCUCUCCCCCACAUUUCCAUUCCUCCAAUAAAGGGCUAAGACAAUUUAGUAAUCCCUUUCUUAA